AUGGAGGACCACGAUCUCGAGAUCUUGAAGCAGGUGGAGAUCUAUCAGCCCCCCGCUGACAUUGCGUCUCGCGCGCACGUCAAAUCGCUCGAUGAGUAUAACAAGCUCUACGAGAAGAGCGUCACCGAUCCCGACGCCUUCUGGGGCGAGAUUGCGGAACGCGAUUUCUACUGGCACCAGAAAUGGAGCAAGGUGAGCUCGUACAACAUCGACGUAAAGCAGGGGCCAGUCAAGAUUGAAUGGUUUGUCGGCGCCAAGACCAACAUCUGCUACAACGCCGUGGAUAGGCAUGUGGAAGCUGGCAAGGGCGAGCAGGUCGCCUUCUAUUGGGAGGGUAACGAUGAGGGCGAAGACAAAGUGUGGACCUACAGCAUGCUGAAAUCCGAGGUGUGCAAGUUCGCCAACGUGCUCAAGUCUCUCGGCGUGAAGAAGGGCGACAGGGUGGCCGUGUACUUGCCCAUGAUCGUCGAGCUCCCGGUCGUCCUCCUUGCCUGUGCCCGCAUCGGUGCUAUCCACUCGGUCGUCUUCUCCGGCUUCUCGGCCGAGGCGUUGGCCAACCGAUUGCUCGAUUCGGAGGCCAAGAUCCUCAUCUCCGCCGACGCCGUGCUCCGUGGAAACAAGCCCGUCCUUCUGAAGCAGGCCGCCGACGAAGCCCUCGCCCUGUGCGCCAAGACUGGCCUGCAGAUCAAGCAUAUUGUGUACAAGCGCUUGGGUGACAGGGUCCCGGCGCACAUGAAGCCUGAGCGCGACAUGUGGUACCACGAGCUGAUGGCCGCGGCCUCCGAGGACUGCCCCGUGGAGUGGCUCGACGCGGAAGACCCGCUCUUCAUGCUCUACACCUCUGGCAGCACGGGCAGGCCUAAGGGAGUGCUCCACACCACAGGCGGUUACAUGGUGUAUGCGGCCACCACCCACAAGUAUAUCUUUGACUACCACCCGGGCGAUGUGUACUACUGCACCGCUGAUCUCGGCUGGGUCACCGGCCACAGCUACAUCAUGUACGGACCGCUUUGCAAUGGUGCCGCCUCGGUCCUCUUCGAGGGCGUCCCGACGUGGCCCGACGCCGGUCGGUUCUGGGCCAUCGUUGAGAAGUACAAGGUCACCCAGUUCUACACUGCCCCCACCGCGAUCAGGGCUUUGAUGCGACUGGGCGAGGGUCCGGUGAAGAAGUACAACCGGGACAGCCUUCGCAUUUUGGGCAGCGUCGGCGAGCCCAUCAACCCGGAGGCGUGGCUCUGGUAUCACCGCGUGGUCGGCGAUUCCCGCUGCGCCAUCGUCGACACCUGGUGGCAGACCGAGACCGGCGGCAUUCUCAUUACGCCGCUGCCCGGCGCUACGCCCACGAAGCCGGGAUCGGCGACGAAGCCCUUCUUUGGCGUGCAGCCCGUCGUGCUGGACGAAAAGGGACAGGUGCAGGAAGGCCCGUGUGCUGGCUACCUGGCCAUCAGCCGGCCGUGGCCCGGCAUCAUGCGCACCGUCUACGGCGAUCACGCUCGUUUCGAGCAGACAUACGGCUACUACUGGCUCACGGGUCGCAUUGACGAUGUGAUGAACGUCAGCGGACACAGACUCGGUACGGCCGAGGUUGAGAGUGCCCUGGUGUCCCACCAGGCCGUCGCCGAGGCCGCGGUGGUGCCCUACCCUCACGACAUCAAGGGCGAGGGGAUCUACGCCUAUGUGACGCUGCGAGAGAACUUCGACUACUCGCCCAAACUGAGGCAGGAGCUGAUGUUCCACACCCGCUCGGGCAAGAUCAUGCGGAGGAUCCUCAGGAAGAUCACCACCGACCAGACCUCGCCGGAGCAUCUUGGCGACAUUUCGACCCUUGCCGAUCCCGGAGUGGUGGAGGUGCUCAUCGACAUGAAGGGCAAGUAA